AUGGUAGUACUCAUUAUUACUACGAAAAUCCCUAUUACGUGUGAGAUAUUUUGGAGAAGUAAAAUAAAUCGUAAUCUUAACAACAAUCUGUAUCAUGAGGUCCAAAAGUUCUACAACUCGGAAGAACUUAGUGAUGUUACAAUUAUUGUUGGAAAGGUUAAAAUUCCAGCGCAUAAAGUUGUUUUAGCCGCUCACAGUGAAGUUUUCUCAAAAAUGCUGCAAUCUGAAAUGAAAGAAGCUAAAGAAGGUGAAAUAAACAUUGAAGAUCUUGAUCCAGAAAUAAUUCUUGAAAUGCUGCAUUAUUGUUACAAGGGAGAGACUAAGGCAAGCCAGGAUACUGAAGUAGCGUUGCAGAUGCUUGAAGUUGCUGAUAUUUAUCAAAUUUUUAAGCUCAAGAUUAUUUGUGAGUCUACGUUGAUGGACAAUAUGUCUACAGAUAAUGUUCUCAACAUAAUUGACGCAGCUGAUGAUCAUAACGCAGAAGAUUUACGCCGAAGUGCAAUUACUUUUAUCGUUGCUCACAGCAAAAAAGUUUUGGCUUCAAGUAAAUUUCAGCAAUUGUUUUAUAGAAAACAAGACUUGAUGUUCGAGCUAAUGUGCGCUGUCGGAAACAAAUAA